CAACUUUACACACCACGAGUGAGCACGUCCACUCAGCCUCUUGAUUGCCUACAAUACACACUAUCCCGUCUUUAAGUCUCACGGGUGUUCACGCCAUCAGAAGACAAAACAAUGGCGUCAAGCAGCAAGUACAAGUUUCGGGCCGUGUCUGGAUACUUCCAGCAUGAUUCUGUCGCACCGAGUCGGGACAGUAGAAUCUCAACCAGCACCGGAUUAGGUCUUAUUGACCAGCCCUUUGACACUGAUGCCGACUUUGACCCAAAGAAGGACAAGACACUUUGGGAACGUUUCGUGUAUUUCCUGAACGAUCUCAACAAAAAGGAAGCUGGCCGCGCUGAAUACAAGCUGUUCUUCCUCGCUCGGCAUGGAGAGGGCUAUCACAACGUGCAGGAGGCCAAGGUCGGAACCGCCGCGUGGGACUCUCACUGGUCAAAACUGGAAGGCGACGGCACAGUCACAUGGGCCGACGCGGACCUCACCGAGACGGGAAAGGCACAAGCACGCGCCCUGAACGCCUUCUGGCACGAGGCACUCAAGGAUGUAAAGGUCCCAGCGCCGCAGAAGUACUACGUGAGCCCGCACUCGCGCACGCUCGAGACAUGCAAGCUAUCAUUUGACGGCCUCGAGCUUCCAGCGGAUCGCCCGUUCCAGCCCGUGGUCAAGGAAAUGCUGCGUGAACGGUACGGCGAGCACACCUGCGACCGUCGGCGGUCGCGGACCUGGAUUGCGGAAAACUACCCGCAGUUCGACAUCGAGGACGGGCUGACGGAGAACGACGAGCUGUGGACGCCCGAUGCAAUCGAGGCGCCUGAGCAUAUCGCGGGGCGCUUGACGACAAUGUUGGAUGAUGUAUUCCGCCAUGAAGGGGACGCGACGUUUGUGUCGUUUACGAUGCACUCGUGGGCUAUCUUUGCGUUGCACAUGGCUGUUGGGCAUCCUGGUGUCUGGGUCACACCUGGGUCUAUGGUGCCUUUGCUGGUUAAGGCGGAGCUAGCUGCAGAGAGAAGCGUGUGAGACGCCUCAGGAGAGUUCGAAGAUGGGACGGCGAAGAUAUCGAUAGUCACAAGAUUUGUUCAGCUGAUCAAUCUCAAAUGUGCCCAUGUGCCGAAGUGCCAAUCUGCGCGGAGCUAGUUCAACACUGCCAGUGUUGCCAAGCGUGGAAGAAUGGAAAGAGCGAUGGUUGCAGGUGCAGUAGUUAC